GAACACGCUCUGUUCCUUCAGCCAGCCACUUUUCUGUUCUCUCUCCAUCUCGCGACAUGUCUUGGUACGCACCGAAAUCCCGCCAUUCAUACUUUGCCUCAACAACAUACACCUCUUGGGACCUCCAAGCCUUCUGCCGAGUAUUAUUUGAUGGAGAGGGCGAAGUGCACACGGUCAAAACGGUACUGCUGCUCUGGAAAUCAGAGCUUGUCUCUAUUCAGAAUAACAAGUACACUCCAUCAAAAGUCCAGCAAGUGAUCCCCGCGCUGCUGGAGUCCAAACCGAACAAUCACGUCAAUGUGUUGUUCGAGGUUACGAAUACGUUGGCGACGGAUAAGUUGAGCGUUGACCAUGCAGAGAGCUCUAGCAGCAUGUUGAGGCGGGUCAGGCAGCUACAAGAGGAACAGGAACAGGAGAAUAUGCAACCAACAGAAACAGCAAAGAGAAAGAAGCCUCGUUUGUUGUCAUGGAAAGAUUGCUGUGUUGAAGCGUGGCCGAAUUCGGAUCUUUCGGUGUUCAACUUGGUGUCAAGGCGGUUCAUGAAACAGCGGCAGCUUGACGAAGCAUCGGCGAAGGUACUCAAGGACUCGGUCAAGUGCAAGAGGAUAUCGAUAGCAGCACCGGGAAAUAUGGUGGACCUCAUCCAUAACUUCAAGCAGCAAACCACGGUAGCCGGACUUCGUGAAGUGCUAAAGGAAUAUUAUGAAUUGAUGGCAUUGAAGUCUCUUGAAGACACCACGUCCGCACAGACAUCGUACAUAUGGAAUAACCUUCAGAACAUGUCCGACGAAUGGGUCAUGUCAUCGUUCGAAGUGAAGCAGCUGGAAGGCUUUUAUACGGCAUUCCUGCAUGGCCCUUUGGUCCGCAUCUUUCGGCAUGUGCCAAAAUGUACCAUCAAGAUGACGGAUCCAUUAACGCGCUGUGCGAAUCUGAUCGGUGAGGCCCUCAAGCCGGAUAUUACCUUGGUCCACAAGGACUUCUAUCUCGAGUUCUUGAUUGUCGAAUCCAAGCCGAACGGCGGUCGGACAGGAAAGAAGAAGGAUGUUGCCAAGAUUGAGAAGAUUAUGUCCGGGAACAUGAAAAUGGCGGAUGAUCUUCUCCAGCAGCCUCACCUCAAGAAGCAAAUACGGGCGUGGGCUAUCGUGUUGUCAGGUAAGAUGCUAAAAAAAAGUAUAGCGAGGAAAGACGAGACUGGGACCAAUUGCGCGCUCUCUUUUUCAAAAACUAUAGGACGCGAGGUGCAGCUACUGGAGGCUUCAUUUGUGGAGGAUACUGUAAUUAUCUACAAUAUCGGCCACUUCAACAUCCCACUCACAGAGACGCAUAUCAAGAAGUUUGUGUCCGUGUUACUCGCAAUGAUCCAGCUACAGGAGAGGAUUCAUCGCUAUGUGGAAUGGAUUGCGGAGGAGGUUGCUGUCCACCCUGUUAGCCCUGCCAACACAUCCGACUCUGAAUUAUUUAUUUAGCACUAGCAGAACUGCUCGUGGCAAAAAAUAAAAUAAAACAGCUUUAUUGCACGUUCAGCAC